GUCGUUCUAGAGCUGUGCCAAUGCGUAGUGAUAAAGCGUAGUAUUUGUGCCAUUCCCGAAGUUUCAGUUGAUUCUCCUUCGGUAUUGAGACGACAAUUUCUCAAAAAUUCUGCUCUACGCGAGUAAAUUUAGAAUUGGCCUCAAUUGUGAUUGCAAUCCUGAUCACAGCUCAUCAAGACAGCCCUUUACAUUCAUCGCAAUUUGCUCGCCACUCUAAGUUAUGAAGUAAUUUCGCCACAGAAACGUACACUUUGCUGGGACCAAUUUUCGUAAAGUGUUCGAACUGUUUUCGGUUCUUAUUUCUGUUUAUUUGAUAAAUUUGACGAAUCCUUAGUCGCCCUGAGUGACAUCAACGUCCCGCAAGUUAUGUAACUGUUAACGUCCAGAAAAACCAGCACAUCGUUUAUUCAAUUUGGGAGAAUUUCAUAGUCAAGUAAAAUGAUUGGGGCAAUGCCAGCAGUGGCAGUACGCCAUGAAAGACGCAAAGGACAAGACAAAAGAAACAAAAGACCCAGCCAACUUUACAUAGCCGACCAUUGGCUACCGCCUAACAGUCCAAGCCCUACUCCCAGUCCGGGUACCAACGACGAUGGUACCGAAAGACUGCCAGAAGUGUACUUGUGUGGAAAUGUAACAGCUCUUCAAGUGGUGGUAGGCUCCCUUCUAGCAGGAGCCAUUUGUCUGAUUGUGGGUCUAGUUCAGCUUGUUCCAAAUGCUGCCGAUGUGGAUCACAGGUAUUUUUACAUUGGCAUGGGCGUCAUUCUAUUGGCUAUCGGUUUUAUAAUGACGGCAGUCAGAUGUUUUGUCAUGCAUUGCUAUAGACAUUCCAGAAUAGUGAUGGAAGAUCCCCAGCCUAAUUUAGAUGCUGUUAACAGUAUAGAUGUGAUAGUUCAGAGACGAGAUACCCAGAUCACAAAUCCCUCCGAACUAGACGCUUUAAUAAGCGAAGCGAAGGACGGAUCAGAUAAAGAGAACAUUUGCAUCAGCGAAUCGUAGAUAGUCCAGGAAUUCAAAUCGAAAGCUUGAAACGCACAAAACUCUGACUCCAUUUUAAUUGUUUUUUUCAAAUUCUUACUUGAAACAAUUGAAAUAGAGCGAAAAUCUAGCCCGUCAGGUAGGCUGAUACACUGAGCCUCAUUUACAUGUAGGUACUUGUAGAAACUUUCCUGUUUUCUACACGUCCGUUGCUGUAAAUAGUUUAAGUGUGCUUCGCAAUUCAUUUUCAGACCGCGUUUUUGUAUAAAAUUAAUGUGCCCGAAAUACAUAGUCAAAUGUACGUUUAAGGGAUGGGAAUGAGCAAUUAUUCAGUAAUGUAUUUCAGAACAGCUUGAAGUAAAUUUAGUAGGCCAUUAGUUACAAAGCAUGCUGUUUAUUCAGCAAAAUAAAAUACUAACGAUUUGUGCAUUUUUUGCUCAAAUUGGGCCAGAAAAGGAAAAUUUCCAUCCAAAGUAGGAACUUCGUCGUGUUAUAUGUAUGAGAAACACGCACGUAUAUACAGCGUAAAAUGGUUUAAAAAUUACAACACCUGAAAAACUAAGAUCAUCCAAUAAAUGCGACCAUUUAGUUAAAAAAAAAAUAAUUUUCCUGGUAAAACUAGCAUUUUGUAUACCUACAUGUGAUUACCUUUGCUGUGACGUAAAACUCUGUGUACUUGUUUUCAAUUUAAUGUUCUAAACUGUUCGUACAUAUCUUUAGGAACGAAGUGGUUAUUUUACGAAAUCUGCUGGAGUUAUCCAGUCAAGUCUUCCUCUGAGCCAAAACAGCGCAACACAAACUUUAUUACUUUCCUGCAAAUGUACUUUCCAGCAGAGUUUUUUAAAUGCGCCACUUUCUCACAUUUACACAAUUGUACCAAUUUCGCACCAACAUCACAACUAUUCUAAGUAAACUUCUCAUAGGGAAACUUCCAACUGCGGUUGCCAAAUUUUUAGACAAAAUACCAUAUAUUUUUAUAUGUACUCAUUUAGUUGUUUAUAUCAUUCAUAUACAGGGUGCUCCGGAGCAGGCCAAUAAAUUUACUUUCUACAUAAGGAAAAGUUUUGACUGUUAUUUAUCAAGUAACUCUAGGCCUAGAUUUCAUUGUUUUGUUAAAAAAUAAUUAUCUUUAAAUAGGUUUUGGUCAUGUUCGGGAGCAUCAAUUUUUUAUUUAAAUCUAUUGAAAUAUUUACAUCAUUGUUUUUAUAUAUAAUGCAAAUAUUUAUCGCUAAUUUAUAUAUGAAAAGUUGUCCGAAUUUAGAUAGGCAAAGAGUAUCAGUGUUGAAGAACAUUGAGACUUAUUAAGUGAAGAUUUCAGGAGUAGGUAUUAUUUUCAGGCUAAACCCAGGCCCGAAGGUGUCUGAGAUUAACACUUCUCGAAAUCUGCAUUUUCUUACAUCAGUAUCAGUGUUGCCAUUAUGGAAGUAUGGUACGGGUCCAAAUCAGGUCACUUUGCUGCACACAGUUGAUUUAGUUGAAAAACAUUAAAGUGUAAUCUCAAAUGUAAACUGUCUGCUGAAAGUUGCAAAAAAGCAUAUUUUUUAUUGUCGAUAAGACUUAUUACAGGGUUAACUUAGUUACUGAGCACUAACACAGGCAACACUGAUGCUAAACAAUUCAUAGAUUAUUUCUCUAUGUAAGUAUCAACUGGAAACCUUUCAGUUAAGUAGUAAUCUAGAAAAAUUUCGCUUUGAAUGGCAAAUACCGUCAACUUGAUUCCUGAUUUAAUUGUACUUUAACUACAUUUUAAAGAUUUUGUUGAAAGUUUUCUAGUUCUUUUCUCAAUUCUAUUUAUUCUUAUUUUCAUUUAUACACUGUGCAAUAAUUUGCGAACAAAUGACUACAUCCCAUAUUUUACCGAAUGAUAUUUCUAGGCAAAUCGAUGUGUUUUGAAAAAUUUCCGAAUACUUACUAUGAUAAUUGAACUGUUUUCUACAAGUUUUUUAAUGGGGAAAAUUGUGGUGGAAAUCUAGCUAUUAAAUAUUGUAUUUGUAACGUUCUAGGCCUGUAAGGAAAAUCUAUGUUUUUCUAUUAUAUACACAAAUAAUAUGUAUAAUACAGCAAAUAAUAUACUUAUACUGCAAAUAUUGUACAGCUGUCUUUAAUAAAUAAAUGUUGAAUGUUUAUUUAGUAAAA